AACAACUCGGCCAUUUUAUUGUCAUUCGUUGUGUUUCUUGUCGUGAAAAAACAAUAUUUGUUGUGAAAUUUGUGUGUAGAGGCGAUUAAAAAUAAUGCCGCCAAAGAAAAAGGGCAAAAAGAGUGGCAAGAAAAAGAAAAGUGGGAAAAAAUCGUCCACUAACGUCGCAGUUCCACAACAACUAAGCGAACUUUCUAAGGAAUAUUUUUUGCUGCAAAUUCGAGAUCUCGAAGAAAGGCUCGCUCGUUAUCAAAAGAAAUGCGACGAACUGGAGAUAAGCAAUGAUGGCUUUAAGACGCAGUACGAACAACAAGUGAACGACAAAAAGGAAAUUGUCUCUUUUCUAACAAAACAACUCGAACAACGUGGCGAAGAGCGUGCUGAUUUGCAGGAUAGACUUAUCGGGUUGCAACAAGCUAAAGAUGCAGAAAAAGACCAGUACGAGGUGCAGCUUGCUACAAUACGAACUGAAAUGCAGGAAGUUAAAGAUCAAUUGACAUCAGAGAACAUGGUACUUGGUGGUAAACUUGCCUCGCUUGAAGAAUUCAAGGUUCAAAAGGAAGAUCUGAUGGCAAAAUUUGCAAAACUUGAAAAGGAGCUUGAAGAUAACAAACAGGAACACAAGGACGUUAUCUACAAUCUUGAGAGAAAAAGUGUCGUCGAUAAAGACAGACUGAAGAAAGAGAUGAUUCUUCGUGUGAACCAAGUUGCUGCGGAGUUUAGAAAAGUUUCAAAUAAGCAAAUGGCAGAAACGACAAAGAGAACGAUUAGAGAGAAUGUUUCGAUCAACGCACAGCUGUCGAAGAUGUCCGACAAGACCAUGGAACUCAUUGAAGAAAAUGAUCAACUUCAUGAAAAGGAAAAACAAAUGAAACAACAGAUUGAUAUGUUGGAGUUUAAUGAAAAAGAGUUAGCGAAGAAAAACUCCAGCAAUCAAAAGAUCAUUCGUAUGCUUACUGCCAAGGCAAAAGAACAAGAAGAGAAAAUCUUAGAUUAUGAAGAAAGUCAACAAGAAAAGAGUUUAAAAGAAGAAAUUGAACUGUAUCGACAGCAAAUCGGGAGUAUUAAAGAAGAAUUACAGAAAAGUAAUUCAAGGAAUGAAUAUUUUGAAAUUGAAAUUGAAAAGGUGACGAGAGAUCGUGAUGUUGCAAUGAAACACAAGCAUGCUUUGAUUGAAGUAUUAUCUGAAGCUUCUCUUGCAUUGGAAUCCUCUUUAAAGAUAAAGAGCGACAUUGCAAAUGAAACGACGAGUACACAAGAACUAAAACAAAAAUUGACCACAGAACGAGAGAGUUUGCUGCAAAUUCUACUAGAUAUUCUAAAUAGUGCGGCAGACUAUGGUGUUGGUCCUCAUGCAAAGAAUUUUGGUCCAACCGAUGCUUCAGAAACUUGUGUAGACUUAAGUAAAUAUGUUCGUCGAAGGAAAAUAUCAAGUCUACCUGUUGGGCUAUUUUCAACUUCCCGACCACUUCCGCAUUAUAAACUAGGUGACCUAGGCAUUGUUCCAAGAAAUAAACCCAAGCUUACUCCUGUGUAUUUAUCAACAAGCGACUCCAAGCAAACAAGGUCCAUUGCCGUGCAAACGUUAAAUGAUCCGAAGACGAUGUUUGUAAAAAGUCAAAUAUUGAACGAGGAGAAGGUUUUAAAGCGACGUUUCACUCAAAGUAAGCCGAUAAUUCAACAUGGAAUGAAUCAUGUGUCCGUUCUACAAGGUCAUGUUGGAUAAAAUGAGAUUUUUUAUUUCAGAAUUGUAAAUAACGAAAGUGUGUGCACGUUGUAAAAUCCAGUUGUAUAUGCAUGUAUAGUUUAAACGUUACUGCAUGCAUUUCGUAAUACAUCUUUGUGCGAAAAAAAACUCUGAAAAAAAUGUUUAUGCUUCAUCUUUUUUUAUCAGUUUUAUAAACUUAAAAAACAAGAAAAACAAAUUUCACCAAUCAGAGAGAAGCUACGA